UGACCAAGAUUGACGCAUUCAACAACAACAAACAGCAUCACCGUAGGAUCUUCUCAUUUUUGGACAUUCAGGCUUUCUUACGCUUUUAUUCCUGCAGACUCGUGUCAUCUAACAAGAUGAAGACUGUCAUUCUUGCUCUUCUGGUCCUUUUGGUUGUUUGUGAGGGUGAAGCCUUGAGGUGUCACUGUGAAGGCCGGCGCUAUUGUGAAGGAGACGUGGAGACUUGUGUUGGUCUUACCAGUGCCUGCGGCAGUGUUACGUUUUUUUUUCCCAUUUCCAGCUACUCUAAGGGCUGCAUGGAAAUGAGCGACUGCCACAGGAUGAAUCAACCUGGUGUUUCUACAGCCACCUGCUGCACCACCGACCUGUGCAACUGGUGAAAUAUCAGAGUCGUCAUACAAACCUACAGCUACAGAUCAAUAAAUAUGCAUGUCUAUGAUUGUC